AUGAGGAUGGAUAAGAGAUCUCGAAGCUCUUCCAGGGAGUCCCAUAGGAGAAAGAGAGAGUCUCCAGCUACACAGAGGAAACGGGAGAAGAGGGAGAGAAGCAAAGAAGCCAGCAAAGAAAUAGGAGAUAUAAGGCAGGAGAAAACAAAGGAGAUUAAGAGCGCUGUAGGCACUGAUGGUAGGGUGCACACAUCCACAGUGGUGGACGUGGAUGAUGUGAUCUCUGAUGAAGAAAUGGAGGCAAUGAUGUUGCUGGACAGCGAGCAUCAAGAAGAAGGUAUGAAGUCUCCCGGUCUCAACAUCUGUGAGUGGCUUCUGACCAUAUUGUCUUUCCUGUUCAUCGUAAUGACUUUCCCCAUUUCUGUCUGGUUCUGCAUGAAGGUAGUGCGGGAGUAUGAGAGAGCCAUUGUUUUCCGGCUUGGGCAUCUCCUUCCUGGCAGGGCCAGAGGGCCUGGUCUUUUCUUUUUCCUUCCCUGCCUGGACACAUAUCACAAAGUGGACCUCCGCCUCAAAACCCUAGAGAUCCCCUUCCACCAGGUGGUGACUAAAGACAUGGUUACACUGGAGAUAGAUGCUGUCUGCUAUUACCGUUUGGAGAACGCCUCUCUUCUCCUCACCACCCUCACCAGCAUCUCCAGUGCCAUCCAGCUGCUGGUGCAAACCACCACAAAGCGCCUCCUGGCACAUCGAGCCUUCUCUGAACUUCUGUUGGAGAGAAAGAGCAUCAGCCAGGAGAUAAAGGUGGCUUUGGAUGCGGUCACAGGCUGCUGGGGGAUCAAAGUGGAGAGAACAGAAAUCAACAACGUGCAGCUGCCUGCUGAAGUCCAGCAGUCCUUGGCCGUGGAAGCAGAAGCCCAGAGGCAGGCCAAAGUGCGGGUGAUUGCUGCUGAGGGGGAGAAGGCGGCUUCUGAGUCCCUGCGGAUGGCAGCUGAGAUCCUGUCCAGUGCCCCUGCUGCUGCUCAGCUCCGUUACCUUCAUGCACUGCACUCCCUUGCUGCAGAGAAACCCGCUGCCUUCAUCUUACCCUUACCUUUGGAUCCCACAAAUCUGGUCUCUCCGGCUACCCGCAGCCCUCCAGGAGUGAGCAGCAUCAUCACAGACACCUCACAGCUCCCAGAAAGCGUGAAAGACAAGAAGGACUCACCCAUGCUGUAAGAGU